AACCCCGAGCCUCAUGCCGAUGCCGAGUUGACCGGUGAUGAGUUCAUCAAGUACCAGGAGGAUCUUAUGAACAAGUAUCCUUUCGUCUUCAUUGAGGAUCCCUUCGAUGAGAACGAUUGGGCGACCUUCGCCAAGUUCACCGCCAAGGACGGUAAGGAGAUCCAGAUUGUCGGUGAUGAUCUUCUUGUUACCAACCCCAAGCGUAUCCAAAAGGGUAUCAACGAGAAGUCUGUGAAUGCCCUUCUUCUCAAGGUUAACCAGAUAGGUUCAAUCACCGAGUCUAUCGAGGCCAACAAUAUGGCCGUUAACGCCGGCUGGACCGUCAUGGUUUCCCAUCGUUCCGGUGAGACUGAGGAUACCUUCAUCGCCGAUCUUGUCACUGGUCUUGGCACUUGCCAAAUCAAGACUGGUGCCCCCUGCCGUACUGAGCGUCUUUGCAAGUACAAUCAGCUUAUGCGUAUUGAGGAGGAGCUCGGUGAUAAGGCCACCUAUGCUGCGGGCCGCAAUUUCCCUCGUUGCCAGUAA